AUGGCGAAGAAACAGAUCAUAUUGAAUGCGUUUGUGAUGAACACCCCGGGCCAUUUGGCGCCUGGCCAGUGGAGGCAUCCCCGAAAUAAGACGGAAAAUUAUAAGAAGCUGUCCUUUUGGGUUGAUCUGGCCCGCCUGCUAGACGAGGCCGGCUUCCAUGCGAUGUUUAUCGCGGACACGCUUGGUCCAUAUGAUGUAUACAAGGGCCCCGCCAAUGUUCAACCUGUGCUAGCCUCAGGAGCUCAGUUUCCAGUGAAUGAUCCCCUCUAUCUUGUUCCCGCGAUGGCGGCCGCAACAAAGAACUUGAUAUUCGGGGUCACUGCGAGCGUGACCUAUGAGAAACCCUAUGCGUUGGCUCGCAGAUUAUCCACGGUUGACCAUCUGAGCGAGGGGCGACUGGCCUGGAAUAUUGUCACCUCGUAUCUCGACUCAGCCGCCCGAAACCACGGAUUGAAGGAACAGAUCCCCCAUGAUGAGAGAUAUGCCAGGGCCGACGAAUACAUGGAGGUCCUCUAUAAGCUCUGGGAAGGGAGCUUUCGAGAUGACGCAGUUGUAGCCGAUCACGAACAGGGGAUCUAUAUUGCGGAGAACACUGUACGCGAGAUCAACCACAAGGGCAAGUAUUUCGAGGUUCCAGGGCCCCACUUCUGUGAGCCCUCAAGCCAGCGAACCCCCUUUCUCUUCCAAGCGGGAGUCUCCGAGGCAGGCAAUGCCUUUGGAGGCAAACAUGGAGAGGCGAUCUUCAUUGGUGGACAGACUCCAGAAGCUGCCCGUAAAGUGGUGGAUGCGAUCCGCGAGGUUGGUAGACUGGAGGGUCGUGACCCAAACCACAUCAAGGUCAUUCUGGGCAUUGGGAUUAUUGUCGCGGCCACAGAUGAAGACGCACAGCGCAAGAAACAAGAGUACUUAAAAUAUGCGGACCAUGAGGGGGGCUCUGGCUCUGUUCGGUGGCUGGACGGGCGUCGACUUAUCGAGCGCUGGUCAGAUACCGUCCCGGGAACGGAUAACCUCCCCUGGACGAAAGCGAGGAUUGCAGAGUUUAUAUCCUUGGGCGGACUGGGAGCGAAGGCUAUUGGAAGUCCCACAGCCGUCGCCGAUGAACUGGAGAGAUGGGUGGACAUUGCCGGUGUCGAUGGCUUCAACAUCGCGCACAUCCAUAAUCCAGGCACAUUUGAAGAUGUGAUUGAAUUUCUGUUGCCGGAAUUGCGUGCCAGAGGGCUUUUUCGGACCAAGGUGGACAAAGAAGGGGCCACGGCGCGUGAGGUGUUCAUAGGGAAGAGACGUCUGCCGGAAGACCAUUACGGAUCUCAGUUUAAAUGGCGAGCGGGUGAAAAGAUUCCAAGAUACCAGGCAGUUUCUGCAAAGGGAGAUGCUUGA